AUGCCUCUCCGUGUAGUCGAGCGAAAACGGCGUCUCCCCCUGCAUCAUCGGCCACGCGGCCGUCAGCGGCACCCCUCUGCCCUUGCUGCCCCCUCUACCCCCUCUACCCCCGUCGCUGCCCCCGCCCUUGCUGCCCCCGCCGCCGUCACCGUUGCCGUCGCCGCCAUCGCCGUCGCCGACAUUGCCGUCUCCGCCGUCAUCGCCGCGCAGCGCCUGCGCGAGGACGAGGUCGCCCGCCCAGGCGGCGGCGGUGAGGCGCGCGUACAGGCCCGGGUCGGCGUCGAGGCGGCCGACGAGGGCGGCGAGGGCGGGGCGCGAGAGGACGAUGCCGGUGCCGCCGUGGGCGAAGGGGGUGGAGUCGAUGAAGGUGGGGGAGCCUUUUUUUUUGGAUUGGGUUUGUGUUAG